AUGGCUAGCCUUAAGCCUACACCUACGACUGAUAUCCAUAAGGAUCCAGGACCCAUGGAAACGGAACGUCCUCAAACGGUUGACACGGAUAAUGACAAGCAGGAUGGUGUCCGGGUCGCGGAAGCCAUCACUUCUUCCUGGUCUAUGAAGUCACUAAUCUUUGUAUAUGCUUGCAUGUGGAUGUUAUACUUCAUCAACGGACUGAAUAGCAGUUUAACGGCGAACCUGUCGGCAUACAUAACGAGUGACUUUUCCGGACACUCGCUGUUAACUGUGAUCACCGUCGUCACGAGUGUGAUGAGUGCAGCAUGUUUAAUGCCUAUUGCCAAGGUCUUGAACCUAUGGGAUCGUACACUUGGCAUCUUUAUCAUGCUCGUGAUUGCCAUCAUGGGCCUGAUUAUGAUGGCCUGUUGCCACAAUAUCGCAACUUAUUGUGCUGCUCAGGUACGUUCUUAUAAGACCCUUCUCACUUCAUCACAAGGCCGCGACCAACAUGGCUUACUCGAUAUUCCUUCAAAGGCAUUCUACACAGUCGGCUUCACCGGUAUUAUCUUCUGUGUCGACGUCAUGACCUCCGACACAUCGUCGCUGCGCAACCGAGGUAUCGCUUUUGCCUUCACCUCAUCUCCCAAUGUCAUCACUGCAUUCGCCGGCGCACCUUUGUCAAAUCAAUUUCAUGAGACCAACUGGAAAUGGGCCUACGGCACCAUCUGCAUUAUCCUGCCUAUCGUCGCGCUUCCGUUGAUCGUCACCUGGGAACUUGCCAAGCGGAAAGCAGACAAAGAGGGACGAUUGCAAUACAAGCCUCGGAGUACCCGCACCUGGCGCCAGAGUGUUUGGUUCUACAUUGUUGAGUUUGAUGUCGGCGGUAUCUUUCUCAUGACUGGGGGUCUGAUCCUCUUCCUGGUCGCCUUCAACAUUGCGGGAAACACAACGGGUGAGUGGAAGUCGGCGAAGAUUAUUGCCAUGAUCGUCGUUGGAUUCUUCGUCCUUGUGGUCUUUGUUGUCUACGAGCAUUGGGGAGCACCCAAGCCCUUCAUCCCAUACCGUUUACUCACCAAUCGGACUGUUAUUGGUGCUUGUCUGCUGGAUAUUACAUACCAGGUCUCUUACUAUUGCUGGAGCAGUUACUUCACUUCCUAUCUGCAGGUUGUCUAUAACACCAGCCUUACUCAGGCAGGGUACAUCAGUGCCAUUUUCGACCUCAUGGAUCCCAUUUGGUUGAUUGGAUGCGGAUUUCUCAUGAGGGUCACCGGUCGGUUCAAGUGGUUGUUAAUGGGUGCACUCCCUCUCUACCUCCUUGCCAACGGAUUGAUGAUCUACUUCCGUUCACCCGGCCAUAGCUUUUGGUAUAUGUGCAUGUGUCAAAUUUUCAUGGCUGUCGGCGGUGGUACCUUCAUUCUCAUUGAGCAGGUUGCCGUUCUGGCCGCAUCCAACCAUGAAGAAUAUGCUGCUAUGUUGGCGUUGCUCAGCACAUUCGGUAACCUGGGUGGCGCCGUUGGCAGCAGUGUGUCGGGUGCAAUCUGGACCAAUACGCUUCCUGUGAAGCUGCGUGAAUACCUCCCAGCGGAUGUCAAGGACCAGUGGUCGGAUAUCUAUGAGUCGUUGGAUGUCCAAUUGAGCUAUCCCGUUGGAUCAGCUAUUCGCACAGCUAUCCAAAACGCCUACGCUUACAGUCAGCGUAAUAUGAUGAUCGCCGGUAUCGCAAUUAUGAGCCUUUCUAUUGCCUGGGUCUUGAUGAUGAAGAAUAUUAAAAUCAAGAAGAACCAGGAUGUGUCGCAAAUUCUGUUCUAG